AUGUCAUAUCCAGGUGGUGCGAGAGAGGCACGAGAUGCAAGUGACGCAGAAGACCUAAGUAUCUCUGCGGUUUCAAUUGCAUCAUUAUCACCUGGUGCCGAUUCAAGAAUCGUCGGAGGUUCGCCCACGACUAUAGAAAAUUUCCCUUACGCGGUUCAGAGCUACAACAUCACUAUUAGCGAUAACGACGUAGCUGUGUUGGUCCUCAGCUCUAACUUACGAUUCAAGGACAGCGUGCAGAGCGCCAGCAUCCCCUUUCAAGGGGAGACCCUGGCUGAUAACACCAUGGUGGUGGCCGUCGGCUGGGGGAUGACUAUAAUAGGUGGUGGGGUGUCGAACGUGCUCAAUCAAGUGUCCAUCAGGACGGUAAACCAAGCUUUAUGCCGGGAACGAUACGCAGAGCUUUCCAACUUCACUGGUUUACUUUUGGCAGUUACCGACAACAUGUUCUGCGCUGGACUGCUGGAUAUUGGAGGGGCUGAUACAUGCCAAGGUGACUCAGGAGGUCCCCUUAGCUACAACGGCGUUAUCGUGGGCAUCACGUCCUGGGGUGCCAGCUGUGCUCAUCCCACCUACCCGGGGGUUUACACCGAAGUCUCGAAGUACGCCAAUUGGAUUAAUGAAACGUUGACAAAGUAUAACGGUUCCGCAAGAGACCAAGCUGCCGGGAUAAUUGCUGUUCUCAUGCCUUUGGUGUUCCUAACGAGUGUAGUUAAUGAGAUACACUGA